GGAGCCGCCGCGCCGGGGCCGCCCCGGGCCGGGCCAUGCGCUGAGGCCGCCGCGCCGCCCGCAGCCAAGGGCGGAUCCCGGGCAGGACACGCGACCGCGGGGCCAAAAUGCCGGAGCAGAGCAACGAUUACCGCGUGGUGGUGUUCGGAGCCGGCGGCGUGGGCAAGAGCUCGCUGGUGCUGCGCUUCGUCAAGGGGACCUUCCGCGACACCUACAUCCCCACCAUCGAGGACACCUACCGGCAGGUGAUCAGCUGCGACAAGAGCGUGUGCACGCUGCAGAUCACCGACACCACCGGCAGCCACCAGUUCCCGGCCAUGCAGCGCCUGUCCAUCUCCAAGGGCCAUGCCUUCAUCCUGGUCUUCUCGGUCACCAGCAAGCAGUCGCUGGAGGAGCUGAAGCCCAUCUACCAGCAGAUCGUGCAGAUCAAGGGCAGCGUGGAGAGCAUCCCCAUCAUGCUGGUGGGCAACAAGUGCGACGAGACACAGCGCGAGGUGGAGAGCAGGGAGGGGGAGGCCAUGGCCAAGGAGUGGAAAUGCGCCUUCAUGGAGACCUCGGCCAAGAUGAACUACAACGUCAAGGAGCUCUUCCAGGAGCUGCUGAACCUGGAGAAGAGGAGGAACGUCAGCCUCACCAUCGACGGGAAGCGCUCCAGCAAGCAGAAGAGGACAGACAAAAUCAAGGGGAAGUGCAGCAUCAUGUAGAGCCCCGGACUGGCCCGCGCCCCCUCCCCACUCCGGAUACCCCCCCUCCCUCCUCCCCCCCACGGCUGGACGUGGCAGUGGCAUCGCAGCGGGACCGUCCCCUCGUCCUCCGUGUGCCAUCACUGUGACUGUGCGGGGCCGCCGGGGCCGGGGGUGAAGACGGGGCCGAGGUGAGGGACACGCGGCCACCCCCGGGCACGGCAGGAGCGGGGACUCGCCUCCGGGACACCCGGGCCACACCCCCCGCCCUCAGCACAACCGGUGCCACCGGGCCCGGCCCCCGUCGGUCCUCGCGGGAGGGAAGGACGGCGCCACGUGGGGAUGGCGGUGUCACCCUUUGGGGACAGUCCCGCGCGUCCCGGGCCCCCGUCCCCACGCCAUAGUGCUCUGCUCCUGCGGGCAGAGACCCGGGGCGGGGGCAGCCCCUGCGCGGUGCCCGUGUCCCCCUGACCGGUGUCCCCCGGCCCCCCUGCCCCAUCCUGGUGCCAUGACCCCCUCC